AAAUAUAAUAAUAAUAAUAAUCUCCAUCUGAUCUAUAAAGUCCAAAACAUGCGCUACUCCAAUAUGAGGUCCUCUACAUUCUGAACCCAACAACCCAUGGCCAUGGCCGCCUCCAUCAUCGACAACAGCCUUUCUCUUGCCAAGGAGAGGACUAACCAAGGUACUUCUUCUUGCAGGGUCUUCCCUCAGGAAAUCCCCACAGAUGUUGUAGUCCAAGUGGGGGAAGCCAAUUUCAAUCUUCACAAGUUCAUGCUUGUUGCCAAGAGCAACUAUAUCAGAAAACUGAUACUAGAAUCGAAAGAUAGCGAUUUAGCAAGAAUCAGCCUCUCUGAUAUCCCCGGAGGGCCGGAGAUCUUCAAGAAAGCAGCCAAGUUCUGCUAUGGCGUCAACUUCGAGAUCACAGUUCACAACGUCGCUGCUCUCCGCUGCGCCGCCGAGUAUCUGCAAAUGGCCGACACGUACUGUAAGGGGAAUCUCGCCGGCCGGACGGAAGAGUUUCUCUCCCAAGUCGCCUUGGCCAGCCUAACUGGAGCGGUUGUUGUCUUGAAGUCAUGCGAAGAUCUCCCCAUGGCUGAGGACCUCAAGAUUGUGCAGAGAUGCGUCGACGUCGUAAGCUAUACGGCUUGUAGCGAGGCGAAUUUUCCUAGCAAAUCGCCUCCGAAUUGGUGGACCGAAGAGCUAACGAUCUUGCAUAUAGCUUUCUUCGAGAAAAUCAUCGCGGCGAUGAAAUCGCGCGGCGCAAAAGCCCUAACCAUGGCGAGCGCGAUAGUGACAUACUCGGAGAGCUCGCUUCGCGAUCUCGUGCGAGACCACUCGGGAAUCGGCAAGAAAUCGUCGGAUUCUGGCGACUCCGACGCCCGAAUAGUCCAGAUACAGCUGCUUGAAUCGAUCGUAUCACUCUUGCCGGCGGACAAGGCGGCGUUCCCCAUCAACUUCCUCUGCUGUCUCCUCCGCUCCGCGAUCUUCCUCAGAGCCUCCAGCAGUUGCAAGAACGAGCUCGAGAAGCGAAUUUUGGUAAUUCUAGAGCAUGUAACCGUUGACGAUCUUCUGGUGUUGUCGUUCACCUAUGACGGCGAGCGGCUGUUCGAUCUGGAGAGCGUGAGGAGGAUUAUCUCGGGGUUUGUGGAGAAGGAGAAGAGCGUAGCGGUGUUCAAUGGUGGCGGAUUUGGAGACGUUUGCUCGCCGGCAAUGCGGAGGGUUGCGAAGACCGUCGAUGCUUACCUAGGCGAGAUCGCCACGUACAGUGAGCUGAGCAUCUCCAGGUUCAACGGAAUGGCGAAUCUCGUGCCCAAAGCAGCCAGGAAAGUCGAGGAUGAUCUUUACAGAGCCAUUGAUAUCUACUUGAAGGCUCAUCCGAAUUUGGACGAGAUCGAGCGCGAGAAGCUGUGCAGCGCCAUGGAUCCGCACAAACUCUCCUACGAAGCCAGGGUUCACGCUUCGCAAAACAAGCGCCUGCCGCUCCAAAUCGUUCUCCACGCCCUCUACUACGACCAGCUCAAACUGAGGGGGGGCGGCGGUGGCGAAGACUGCCACCCGCCGGACGCCGCCAACGCGAGAACUCAGCUUCAAACAGACGUAUCACUGAUCAGAGAGAACGAGGCCCUGCGCAGCGAGGUGUCGAAGAUGAAGAUGUACAUCACGGACUUGCAGAAGGGGACCCCCUCCACCUCGUCGUCCAAGGGCGUGUCCCGGCGGGCGACGUUCUUCUCGUCGAUGUCGAAGACGUUGGGGAAGCUGAAUCCGUUCCGGCAUGGAUCUAAGGACACUUCGAGCAUUGAGGAUGUGGUGGAUAUUUCCAAGCCUCGGAGAAGAAGGUUCUCCAUCUCUUAGAUUGGAUUGCUUGCACUCUGCACUCUUUGAUCUCCCUGUAAUUAAAGGCUGCGUGUGUGUUCUUCUGAUUGCGGUUUGUUUGUUGUUUUAAAUAUUAUUUGCUUUGCUGACACUAUUGUUUUGUGGAAGAAUGGGUUGCUUAAUUGAAAAAUGCUACUUUUACGAAUAA